GUUACGAUACUUAAAUCUGUGACACAUCAUUUUAAGUGCUCCUAGCCUUUCGUGGACUCAACGGACCGAUGCGUGAAGGAAAAAUGACAAGCGCUACUUCUUAUUUGACUGUCGGUCUUCUUCUGACAUGCGCUUUGGCGCAAACGAUACACGGUUUUCGGUUGAGGAGAACGGGAAGAAGGGAAGGGCGAAUCGGGGCCAGAACGACAGGUGUCCAAGAGGGUAAAGUUGUGUUUGGGAGGGUUUUUGAGAAGGUGACAGGCCGUGAAUCUCCAUCAAACUCUUCAGUGGACGACGAAUCUGCUUAUCAGGCGGACUCUCCAGUCAACGGUCAGGGACAGAGUACCAGUUCCAGGGAUGCGGCGUGGAAACGCAUGGCUUCCUCCCUGCAGUGUGGCGGAGAUCAGAUGAGGUUCAAAGCGGUGGGAGCUGGAGCUUCAAAUUUUGUAGUAGACCAAGGAAAAGCAGCACCUCCCAUGGCUUUGUCCCAGGUCCCAUCUACCUGUGGUUAUACCAUGCAGAGGAACCCAUUUGCACUCCUCAUGUUGGUUCCAUAUGAUGGUUGCAAUGUGGUUCAAGAGGGUGGAAACUAUGUACUGCCAAUGCGUUGGCAGGGAAUCCCAGUUUCUCUCUGUUGCCCCAAACCUGCAGAACCUUCUCCUGAACCACAACUGCCAACUAAGAACCCCCAAGAGCCCCAAACGACUGUGACACUCAUUCCACCAAAACAAGAGCCUCUAAAUCCCCAAAGUCAAAUGUACUACUGGCAUUAUCCAUACAAUGUAGGACCUCUACCAGAUCCUACACCGGCACCCACCACAACCACAACAACCACAACCACAACACCAACACCAACCACAACACCAGGAAUGCAGAAGAUUAUACAGUACCCAUUUUUCUAUCCACAAAAUGUUUACUUCCCUAACCUAGGUCAGGCACCUGCAGAGCCCACAACUAAGCCACCCCCUGAACCCCAGACUACCCUCAAGAUUCCUCCCCAGUUGCCCCCUCAAUAUCAUAUGCAGUUUCCUCCUGGCUUCCCCCUUCAUUUUCCUCCCCAGUUUCCCCAGCAGCUUCCAAAGCUUCCUCCCCAGUUUCUCCAGCAGCUUCCUCCCCAGUUUCUCCAGCAGCUUCCUCCCCAGUUUCCCCAGCAGCUUCUGCUGUUCCCUCCACAGAAGGAUUUCAUUCCAUAUCCAACAACUCCUGCGACGACGACCACCACGUUAACCGCAAAGCAAAGUCAACCUGCUCCAUUACCAUAUAGUCUUCCACGCACGCAUGCCCCCUUCCCUCUUUAUGUUCCAUAUGGUCCAUACCGCACAUGAGUCAAGCUAGCCUGCUGAAUGUUUAAUAAAAUGGUUGAAUAACAA